AUGUCGUCACAACUAGAAUUUACACAAAUUACAAAUAUAAUACCCACUGUUGAAAAUGUUAUACCGUGGAAAGUUUUUCAAUCUACUCAUCCAAGACAUUUAGAUUAUUCUUCUACUAUAUUAUCAUCUAAUUUACCAAUCUUACUAGCAGGAAGUAGAGACCUUUUAUUAACAUGUCUCAAUAUCACUACCUCGCCAUGCGAAGUACAAUUAUUUAUCUUACAUAGUCAUUUGAUCAUUUGGCUAACACAUCUAUCUAUUGGCUUACAAAUACCUAUUACAAAUAUCAUUUAUCAUGGACUUACAAGAAAUAAUACCACACCAGAAGGUAAUAGAUACGAAUUAUUAUUAACUUUAGAAAAUGAUCCCGUCUUAACACAGUUUUUUCCUCUAGAUACUAACACCAAUGAAUCUUUGAAUACGAUUGAUUUGAAAUUCCAAUCCAAAUAUUCCAUGUACGAAAGGGUUUAUAAUGAUGUCAAUUAUAUAGAAAAUUUAUUCACUUUUAAAAAUUUUGGGAUCAAUAAAGGUGAUGAUUUGAUUCAUAAUUUAAAUGAUUCCCUAACUAAAUGUUUAGAGUUCAAUUUCAAUUCCCGUCAAACUACUGACUCCGAUGACGAAUUUGAUUCGGCGGCUUCGUCCACCACUUUGCCAACAACAAUGGGUGAAACUUUAAAAAAUUUCCGAUUCCUUAAUAAUAUGGGGACUGCUGAUGAUUUAGAAUACCAUACAUCAAACUCAAACGAUGCAAUGAUGAGUUUUCCAAUGCAAAUGGAUAACCACUCAACAGCAGGAAUGAUGAUAGAAUUUCCUCAUGAUAAUGAAAUCGCCAUGAAAAGAUCAAGAUAA